CCCCCGGCGCCACGGCCCCAGCCCCCGCGGCGGCCGCGCCAGAGCCUGCGCACUGGGGACCCAGUGCCUGCGGCGGCUCCCUGCUCGGCUGCUCUGAAGAUGGCGGAGCGCGCCGGUGGUGGCACAUCCCUGAGGGGGCUGCGGGAACGGAUGGUUGCUGCUGCUAAUGCCAUUGCUGAAGAAAGACGGAGUCAGGGUAGCUUUAGCGCUCUUCCAUCACAGCCCUCAAAUAUAAAAUCAGCAUUUAAACCAGUAAUAGAUGGAUCUGUGCUUAAAAAUGAUGUAAAGCAAAGAUUAGCAAAGGAGCGCAGAGAGGAGAAAAAAAGACAAGAUGAUGCUAAUAAAGAGACACAACUACUUGAAAAAGAAAGAAAGUCUAAGAUCCUAUACGAAAAACAGAUGGAAGAAAAGCAGCGAAAGCUGAGGGAACAGAAAGAAAAGGAUGAACAACGGAGAAUAUCUGCAGAAAAAAAGAGAAACGAAAAGUUACAGGAAGAAAGGGAGAGAUUCAAAGCUGCCCUUCAUCGUACACUGGAACGGAGCAGCCGUAUUGAUUAUCAAAAAAGAUGGUCAUGGGAAGGCUCUACAACAGUGAACUAUCAGAAUAAAACUGCCAACAGACAUUCUGUAUCUACUGAAAAGCUUGAACAGGGGACUUCUGGAUUACAUAAACAAGUGUCAUCUGCAAGUCCUCAAAAUUCUAUUGCCAAGAAAACAACAGAAAAGAGGAGAAGCUCAUCUCUGAAUAGAAGAUGUAGCAAACUGCAUUCAUCUACAGAACAAGUGGAAGAAAAAACACCUGGCAUCCACAAUAUAUUCCAAUAUGUAAACAUGCCCCUGCUUAAGCACAGCAGUGAUGAAUUGAAGAGUACCAUAGUGCCUCACAAGUCAACAGUGGUAAUACCUCCCCAGGAGAAAGUAGACACACCCUCCAAGACAAGCGUGGAAACGGCCCCCAAGGCGAGUGUGGAAGUGCCCCUGGAGGUGAGCGUGGAAGCACCCCCCAAGGCAAGCUUGGAAGUAUCCCCCGAGGCAAGCUUGGAAGUAUCCACCGAGGUGAGCCUGGAAGCACCUCCAGAGGCGAGCGCAGGAACACCCCCCACUAGCGUGGAAACAUCACCUGAGGCAAGCGAGGAUCUGUUCCUUGAGGCGAGUGUGGAUCCGUCCCCACAGGUGAGCAUGGACUCAUCCCCAGAGGUGAGCGUGGACUCGUCCCCAGAGGUGAGCACGGAAGCGUCAUCUGAGGCGACCGUGGAAGCAUCCCCAGAGGAGAGUACAGAAGUGCCCUCUGAGGCAAGUAUGGAGGCGCCCCCCGAGGCCUCCCCUGCGGUGACCAUGGGAAUGUCUUCCAAGGUGAAAAUGAAAGACUCUUCACAGAAAUCAGGAACGGACAAACAGGCCUCAAACCCGAUUACGAAGAAGCGCCUAUCACCAUCACAGAUACCGUGUUAUAGAUGGUCAUCUUCUCCUACAAGCAGGUGGUGUCCUCCAUCUCCCAUCAGUGCUAGCAGGCAAAUCCAAAAGAAUCGCCCCCCGUCACCUUCACCCGCCACGUCAAAACAGUCGACGCAGUUUUCUUUUUCCUGUGGAGUAAUUCCUAUGCAGCGUACCGUAUUUGCACAAAAUGCAUUAGGUACUAUUGGAAUGAGAAAUGAAGCCAUCUCUAACACCAUUAACAGCUCUGAGACUGCAAGCCAAAAGGAUAUGAUCUGUGAAGAGUCUGGUAAUAAAAGCACACCAGGGCCUAUGAAUGCCGAGGAGGCAACAAAAAUUUUGGCAGAGAAACGACGCCUUGCUCGUGAACAAAAGGAAAAAGAGGAAGAAAGACUACAAAAAGAGAUGGAACAAAGGAAAAUGAAAGACAUAGCAAAGAAAGCAGAUGAAGGCCAACAAGAGGAGUUCUCAGAAUUUGGAGAUGGGCAACCACCAAAGGAGAUAAAGAAGGAAGGAAGUCAAGAACAACAAGACCAAAGAGUGGAACUCCAGAAAAGUGAUGCGAAAAUAAAAGCUCAGGAGGAGGCUGACAAACGCAAGAAGGAACAUGAGAGAAUUAUGUUACAGAAUUUGCAGGAGAGAUUAGAAAGAAAAAAGAGAAUUGAGGAAAUUAUGAAGCGGACAAGAAGGCCAGAUUCAAAUACCUCAAAGGCUACAGAAACAUUCAGCAGUGAUGCAUAUGAGGAGGACGAGGCAGACGAUGAGGACGAGUCAGAAAGUGACAGUGAUUCCUUUGAUGACAUGCAUCCAUCAGCUUUUAUAAAUGGCACAGAGUCAUCCACAAAACCAAAAACACAUUUUAAAAAUGUGAAGAACACUCGCAAGCUGGUGUUUUUAGAUGAGACUUGUAGCUACAUCCGUAAAGAGACAAAAACACUUUUAAAUUGUGACAUGAAAACCUUCAGACAAAAAAGAGUGAAAGACCCUUUGAAUCAGACAAAGAGUGGCAGAUCCUCCACCAAAAGAACAGCCAACCGAGCAGCCAAAACCGGAAAGGCAGAAACCAGCAACACCGUGGGACCUUCCAAGAGCUUACAUUCAGAGGCACAGGAUUGGGUCUGUGACAAGAUUAUUGACAUCACAAGCGAGAUAGAACCACCUAAGUCCAGUAUCCCUCCUGAUAGCCGAAAACACCAUCUGAAAGGUCCCAUGACAUCCUGCCUAAGUCACCAGCCACCUGUAGACAACAAGAAAACAAGCAAAUCUGUUUCUGCUCUAUUGGAUAUGUAAACCUCAUCCAGCCUGGAAGAGAAGCCAUUCUCCACUCUGGAUUUUGACCUCCAGGCACACCUCUCAAAAUUUCUCCACCUCCUACUUGAACCUGGCAAAGAAAAUGACUCUCAAAAAAAAAAAAAAAAACGGGAAACAUCAAAACGUCAUCUUAACAUAUCUCAGAAGAUGCUCAUAUCAUCUUGACUGUUGCCCACAAGCAAGGGUUCUGAGUAAAGAGUCGUUUUGUUUUCCUGUAAAAAUCUUCAUGUCUCUCGUUCUUGUGUUUUCCUGCCAACACGUUUGAGUAUGUAUCAAGGGUGUCUUUAUAAAAUGCUAACUCUUGAGUUUCUAAGAGAAUCUCUACCAGAGGAAUAGUUUUUUCUCAGUAUAUAUUUGAAAUCUUAAAAUCACGUUUACUCCAUUUAACAAUUAAUUUACCAAUAAAAACUCACAUUUGAUCUUGUAGAGAACAUGACGGCUUAUUUGAGGGCCUCGAGGUUCCUCACAAGAGCUUUGUUUGGAUUGUUCUUAACGUACAAAUACAGAAGGUUGCAAAAUACUAAAUCACAUUUUACCGCUAUGUAUGUAUAUUGCUAACUCUGCCAUAGUCUGCCAGCCCCAUACACAGGCACUGAUACCCCCAAAUACUGGGAGCCCUAGAAGGUGUGAUCUUUAGCAUCUUGUCAGUGUUUCAUUUUGAAGUACAUACUGCGGUUUAUCUAUAAAAACAUGUUAUUAUGUUUGUUGUGUACAUAAGGCAGUAUUUGGCUGUUGUCUGAUGGGGUAUGUUUAACUCCUCUAAAUGUUUACUGUGUAUAAUCUUUUUCUGCUUGUGCUCUCCAGGCCUGCCCUUCAGUAUACACUCAGGCUUGAGAUGUGGAAUCAAAAUUUGCUUGCCUUUCUCUAGCGGCUGGCUGCGAGUGAGUACAGGAGCAGUGUUAUUCUUCGGUCCCCUUGAUAGGCACAGAGACAUACACGGUGAACACGCACACAUGUGUACACGCACACACGUGUACACAGAAUAUAUGUUUCCUGAAAUCCAUUGAAUCCUGCUUAAACCAUUGACUAAAACUUGAAUUCAAAUUAGUGGUCCUAAUGCUAAUGAGUUUUCUGGUGAAUCACAAAUAGUUUGAAGCAGGCCUGUGUUCUUUGUAGCCACCAGUCUUCGAUUAGUAAAAGAAAGUAGUUAUUCUUUGAUCCCCUAGUUCUUUGCUAUUCAGAGUACUGUAUCUCUGUUGUAGAAUAGAGCUUGGUGCCUUAGGUUUAAAAACUGUUUAUACACUUGCUCUUUUAUACAAAAGGCAGAGACAGUCAUCUUAACAGAUGUGAUUCUGAGAUUUUUCUGUACAGAUUUCACA